AUGCCCCGAACGAUUUAUUUCCUCUUAUUUUUGGUUCUCGGUCAGGCGAGCGCGGCUAGUGAGCGCUCGGGCGCGCAUGCCCGCUCUCCUCGAGGCGUAGGCGAUCUCUCGCAGAACAAGGCCGUAGGCAUCGUAGGGCGACAGCUCGGGAGUGCAACUUCAUCUGCAGCUGUGACUCCCGCAUUACCAAUCACUAUUCCUCCAGUUGUAAUCCCAAUCCCAACUCCCGGGUCCUCAAGUGCGUCUCCUGUUCCCUCUCCAACCCCCACCAAUGAACCGUCUCCAUCCCCUACAGUCAAUAACCCUCCUGUUGUAAUCCCACUUCCAACUUCCUCGAGUGCGUCUCCUGUUGCCUCCCCAACCCCCACCGAUGAACCUUCCCUCUCCUCAACAGCAAAUGUUCCCACUGUACCCACGGCUACUGCAUCCUCAAGUGCGUCUCCUACUUCCUCAUCAAACCCCACGAACGAAUCCCCCCAAUCCUCAACAGCAAAUACUUCCACCCGAUCCUCAUCCUCAACAGCAAAUACUCAAUCCUCUUCCUCUUCCUCUUCAGUUGAAAAUUCCCCCGCCGAAUCUACCGAGUCUGGAAGUGCGUCAACUCCCACCGAACAACCUAUCUCUUCGUCGGCAUCCAAUUCUUCAUCUGCUUCAUCUGGUUCUACUGUGAUAUUGACGCCGUUGGGCACAUCAACAGCUACAGGGUCUUCAACUACAGGCACGGGCUCUGGGAGUGGGAGCACUCCUGCAGGUUCUUCUGGCAGUGGCACUGCGCCAACAGGCUCCUCAGGCUCUGGUUCGGGCUCUGGUUCGGGCACCCCGAAUCCAACCGCCACAAAUCCCACUGAUGAGUCAAGUGGAUCCGCGCCUUCUGGCUCUGCUAGCUCUGGAUCGCCGACACCGCCAGUGAUUACUCCUGGUUCUCCCACAACCAACGGUCCGCCGAGUGGCUCUAGCUCUAGCUCCAGUUCCAGCAUCCAUAUCAAUACGAAUGCUCCUCUCAUUGUGCAACAAGCACCUCCCGAUAUAGUCAGCCCGGUCGUCCAAGUGGCGUACAACCCAGACAAUGCAUGGGAAUCUACUAGCUCUGAUUCUCCUCCUUCCUCAUCCUCCUACGCGUCGACAACUGGUGUCGUCGGCGCGAACCCACCGACUGUGCACAAUCCACCGAAACCGUCGUGCAACAAUGGUACAAAAGUGGGAAAUAUGGUCGGAGCCUCCAUUAAACUCAAUUUUACUGGGGUCGAAGCGGCCUUGUUGUUUGUACCCUCAAAGCUGGGAGCAAGCUAUUCGGUCAAGUUGGACGACUUGGAGGAAAAGGAAUUCAACAGUUAUAAAGAAGAUUUCACCGCAUGCGAAGUCAACCAGACGUGGUCGGUCACCGGACUGCCGAAUCAAUUGCAUACAAUCACUGUGACAAUCAAGGGAGACGGGCUCUCUGCGGUCGUACCAGGUUCAGCAGCCGGCGGCACGCAGCUCGAGUAUAGCGGGUUGAUAUUCAAAGGUCCAACACCGAUAACAGAUCAACCACCUAGCUCAGGCGUCAGCAAGUGGGUGAUUAUAGGAGCCUCCAUCGGUGGAGCCAUCCUACUUAUCGCAAUCGGUAUCACUGCAUUCAUUUGCGUCCGUCGGCGCCGUCAAAACCGCGUUCCACCGUCUCAAAUGGUUCAGACGGAGCAAGCUGCCUUUGGGCACAACCGGCUCGCGAGCACGGCCACUACCAUGGCACCUCCAGGAGGACGCCCAAGUUCACACCAUCCUACGCCCGUGGGUAGUCCAACUCCACAGUUCCUACCAUCCCCGCGUGUGGGACCCAUGGACUCGACGUUUAUCCCCUCUUCGAGCCCGCCCCAGUCACCUCCGCUGUCCCCACGGUCAAUGUCGACGACGUGGCAAGAGUCCAGUAGCCACAUUUAUGGUCCUCGACCAAUGUCAAUGACCGCUUCAGAGUAUGGCGGACAACAAACUUCCCCUAUUUCGCAAGGGCGUCCCAUGUCUAUGAACACGGGAUACACGUAUCAGAAUCCGGGCAUGAAUGCGUACACAGGAGUUUCGAACCCGUAUAACAAUGGAGUGCCGGGCUCUCCUCCCGCGCGUGGAUAUGCGCAAGAAAAUCCCUUCGUCUCAGGACAUUCUCGCAAUACGUCCUAUUCUCAAAACCCAUUCGAAUGA